UCCUCCUUUUCCUCAAGGGUGGACUUGUGUGCGUAGUUUUUGAGCGCGGCCUCGGUUUCGCUGAGCCACGCCAAAAGGCGCUCGAACGACAACUCGUACUCGGACCACUGCUGAAUUCGCUCCUCCAAGCCGUGCUUCAUAUCGCUCAGAGAGAUUUCAAAUCGGUGCUCAAGAUGGAACAAGUCACAGAGCCCGAAAUUGCUUCAGAACCAAACUCGGAAACAGUUCCGGCAGCCACUGAGGAGAAGGAGAGUGGAAGCAGCAAUGCAGCUGCUGAAGAGGAAUUGGCCAAAUCAAUCAAAUGCAACCAGUGUGGAAAGCUCUUCCGAGGUCAGAUCGAGGUCGAAUUCCAUGCUGCCAAAACAGAUCACACAGACUUCUCCGAGUCAACGGAGGAAAUCAAGCCUUUGAGUGAGGAGGAGAAAAAGGAGCAGCUGAGGUUGAUGGAGGAGAAGAUCAAGCAGAAGAGGAAAGAGAGAGAGGAAAAAGAAAAGGCUGAAGCUAAUGAAAGGGAGAAACACCGUAUCAAAUCUGGAAAGGAAAUGCUAGCGAAUCGAAAGAGGCUUGAGGAAGAUGAGAUGAAGAAAAUCAUGGACCAGAGAAAGAGAGAGAAGUUGGAAGACCAGAUGGCCAGACAGAAGAUCAAAGAGAAAAUUGAGCAGGACAAACUGGCUAGACAGGCCAAGUACAGCAAUGCUCCUGCCGCAGCUCCGGUUACUGCCCCACCUCCAGCUGCAGCCCCUCCAAAAGCUGCUGCUCCUCCAAAGGACUACUCUGAAGCUAAGAUUAAUAUCCGCCUCACAAAUGGACAAACCUUGACGCAAUCCUUCAAGGCCAAGGAAGAGCUUGCUGCAGUCAGACUGUAUGUGACCAUGAAUAGGACUGAUGGGGAUGCUCCCUUCUCCUUGAUGACCAGCUUUCCGAGGAAGGUCUUCCAAGAAGAGGACUAUGCUAAACCAUUAGAUGCUUUGGGAUUGGUGCCUUCUGCUGUCAUCACUGUCACAAAAGCUCAAUAAUCAGCCUGCUGCAUGUUUGAAAACUGCCUCAGUUUAUUAACAACGCAGUAAGAAUUAUUGGUCAAGUUAAUUUAUCUCCGUUGAUGCAUUGCAGUUUCAUUCCAGUUUUUAUACUGAUGCAAAAGUCGGUUCAAAAGAGUCAAAUCAGUUGUGUCUUAUGUGGUAAUAAUCAACAAUAAAUAUGUUGGAUUUCAAAUUAUUUGCAGAAAAUUAAGUGAAUUUUAUCAAUCGCAAACCUUUUGUUUAAAUUAAGAUCUAAAGAAAUACUUUUUAAUAAUUAUCCGCAAUUAUCU